AUGGCUCCCUUGAUUCGAGUCAUUGGCUCUCUCAAUGUCGACAUGGUCUCUGUGACCCCGCGCUUCCCCGGCCCGGGAGAGACCAUAACCGCGACAUCCUUUAUGACAAGCGCAGGAGGAAAAGGUGCGAACCAGGCUGUCGCAUGUGGACGGCUGUCCCGAUCGCGACCCUCGUCCACAUCGUCCUCGUCAUCAGCGAGCCCGGUCAAGGUCGAGAUGGUUGGCGCGGUAGGUGGACGCGAUGGGCACUUUCAGACUCUCCUGCGGCCGACUCUGGAGAGUUCAGGGUUGGACACGUCGCGGAUCAGAACCAUCGAGGAUGCCUACACAGGCGUUGCUGUAAUUGUGGUAGACUCCUCUGCAGGCGGCGAGAACCGCAUUUUCUUUUCACCAGGGGCGAAUUACUCCGGUAUGCAACCGAUCCCCGAAGUACUAGGGACGGGUCUGGCAGCACCGGUCCCUGAUAUCAUCGUCAUGCAGGGAGAGAUCCCUGUUGACACCGUGAUUGGAAUUCUAAGAGAGAUUCGGGCAUUCAAAGAGAAGAACCGACGUGACGGGAAGAAGGGGAUCGAGGCAGGUCCCGAAGUCAUAUUCAAUCCAGCACCCGCUCCGCCGGGCGGACUACCAGAAGACGUAUACGCAACGGUCGACCACUUAAUCAUGAACGAGAGUGAGGCCGAAUUGAUGACGCCCAAGACAGAGCAACUUCUACGUGUCGUGCCAGAGGCAGCCGGAGAAAGCGAUAGGGAAAAGGUAGCUCGGUAUUUCCACAAACUAGGGGUCACCUAUGUUGUCAUCACCCUGGGGGCAAAAGGUGUUUGGUACAGUGCCACCGACGCGGGUACGUCUGGCCCAGCCGACGGCGUCACCAGGUUCGUCAACGAGAUUCCUGCUGCCAAAGUCGAAAAAGUUCUCGACACCACGGCAGCCGGGGACACAUUUGUAGGCGGAUACGCGGUGCACAUCGCGCGGUGGCGGGAGCAUCGUCGAGCGCAGGGCAAGUCGGGUCAGGAUCUUGCGGGCGACGACAAGAAGGAGCGCUAUCAGAACAUUAUAGAUGAGGCCAUGAAACGCGCCACGCGAGCUGCUGCACGCUGCGUGGAGAGGGCGGGCGCGAUGGACAGCAUUCCGUGGGAAGACGAGAUUUGA